AUGACUGUUCCCAUGACUGUUUUUAGACAUGGUCGAUUGUACUUGGCCCUGUCAAGUAAAAAAUACGGGCUUGUAGCGAAUGCUGGAUUGGCAAAACUGGUGGAGCCUAUCAGAAGGUCAGUUGUGCGAAAUUUAGGACAAUUUGCCCCAGAAGUGAAUGACACGAGCAACGUGUCACAAGCUUGCGAUGUGUAUAGUUUUGGGGUUUUGCUGCUUGAACUUGCCACGGGAAGGCCAGCUCAGCACACGAAUGAAGAAGGUGAUGUCGUCUCACUGGUUAGGUGGGUUCAAUUGGUUGUUCGUGAAGAAUGGAGUGACGAAAUGUUUGAUGUGGAGAUUCUGAGGUAUAAAAAUGUUGAUGAGGCAAUAGUACAGUUGCUGCAGAUAGCGAUGGAAUGCGUUGUUUUUUCACCGGAAGGAAGGCCUAGGAUGUUUGAAGUAGUGAAGGUGUUGGAGGAAAUUAGCACUGGGAUUAAUAAAGGGGAGAAGGCAUCCAUUCAAUCAAGAUUGGAAGAUGUAAUGGAAGAUUUAUUGCCUCGGAUACAUCAGGGUUUUUAA